AUGACAGACAAUACUAUUGUUCAGUUUAAAUAUUUAGAUAGCGAUACCAAAACUCUAUCAAUUAGUUUUGAGUAUCAAAAUGUUGGAUAUACUAUAAAAUUUCCACCACCUGAGACUGAUAUUUCAAAAGGACAUACAAAAAAAAACCAUAUAUCCGUUUUUUUUUUAUUUCGUGCAUAUAUACAAGAAUGUUUACAAGGCAGUAUUGAAGGAAAUAAUCAGCGUGCUAAAAAUAAGAAUAUUUCAAACCUAUCAUCUAAUAUCUGGAAAGAAUUACCAUAUACGUUUAGAAAUGAGUUCUCAAAAUAUACAAAUAGAAUAAAUGAAUAUAGGACUUCUAAGAAGCAGAAUCCGUUUACUAGUUCUGAUGUUGGUUCUAGCAAAAAAGUAAUUAAACAACAAAGCUAUUAUGAAAAAAAGACUUACGAAGAAAUUCGUCACGCUGAAGAGUCAACCUAUAGUGAGAGUGUGGCUAACGAUGCUAUUAAUGACCACUUAAAAAAUGAGUCCAGCAGCUUAGAAGAACCUAUACCACCGGCAAAUAUUUCAUAUCACCCUUUGAUAUUUCAGGAUGGAUACGAAGAAUCUGUUUAUUAUGGAAUUCAAAUAUUCGAUACAGGAAAUACUGAAUUAACACACUAUAUUAAUUUAAUGCCAUUUUUGAAUUCAUACACUUAUGAUAUUAGAUAUAAUAAUUUUGUUAAUUCUGUUAAUCGCAAUCUAUAUGAAAAUGAUUUAUUGGUAUAUGAGGGCACACAAUUAAACCCUUCGUUCGAAAUGGAUAGUAUGGAAG